GCGGGACAGGGACCGGGCGGAAGCGGGGCACGAACCGUGACAGGAACCGGGCGGAAGCGGGACCGGGAACCGGACGGAAGCGGGCCCGGGGACCGGGCGAGCGCGGGGCCGGAGCCGGGCGGCAGCGGCGCCUCGGGACCGAGCGGGACCCAUGGAGGAUCCCGGCCCCGAGCCUGACCCCGGCCCCGGCCCGGGCCCGGCCGCCGAGAGCCCGGCGGAGCUGGAAGGGGACGCUCACCGCGGUGCCUACACCGCCUUCAUGAGAUCCCAUCGCUGCUACGACCUCAUCCCCACCAGCUCCAAACUCGUCGUCUUCGACACAUCCCUGCAGGUGAAGAAAGCGUUCUUCGCGCUGGUCACCAACGGCGUGCGGGCGGCCCCGCUGUGGGACAGCAAGAAGCAAAGUUUUGUGGGUGAGCAAAAGGGUCUGGGGGGGAUCUCUGAUCCCUGGGGGAUUUUGGGGGGCUGGCAGGACCCUCCUCACCCUGCGUGCCCCCCCCCAGGAAUGCUGACCAUCACCGACUUCAUCAACAUCCUGCACCGCUACUACAAAUCCCCCAUGGUGCAGAUCUACGAGCUGGAGGAACACAAAAUAGAGACGUGGAGAGAGGUUUAUCUGCAAGACUCCUUCAAGCCGCUGGUGUGCAUUUCCCCCAAUGCCAGCCUGUUUGACGCCGUCUCCUCCCUGAUCCGCAACAAGAUCCACCGGCUGCCCGUCAUCGACCCCGGCUCGGGGAACACGCUCUACAUCCUCACCCACAAACGCAUCCUCAAGUUCCUCAAGCUCUUUAUCUCAGAGGUGCCCAAGCCCGAGUUCAUGGCACGGAGCCUGGAGGAGCUGCAGAUUGGCACCUACAGGAACAUCGCCGUGGUUGGCACCAGCACUCCCAUCUACGUUGCCCUGGGCAUCUUCGUGCAGCACCGAGUGUCUGCCCUGCCCGUGGUGGAUGAGUCAGGGCGUGUGGUGGAUAUCUACUCCAAAUUCGAUGUGAUUAACCUGGCAGCUGAGAAAACCUACAACAACCUGGACGUGACGGUGACGCGGGCGCUGCAGCACCGCUCCCACUACUUCGAGGGCGUCCUCAAGUGCUACAAGCACGAAACGCUGGAAACCAUCAUCAACCGCCUGGUGGAGGCUGAGGUCCACCGGCUGGUGGUGGUGGAUGAGAGCGAUGUGGUGAAAGGGAUCGUCUCCCUCUCGGACAUCCUGCAAGCCCUGGUGCUGCCCCAGGGACCUUGAGGCAGUUUUUGGGGUGGGAAGGGGGGGUUCAGUCCUCUCAAUCCCCCCCAAAAUCUCUUCUCCUGUAUCACUGUGCCCCCCGCCCUGGGCUGGUGGGGACCCCCGGGGGAUGCCCCCACUCACCAGCAGCACCCAGCAAUAACCCCCAGCCCUGGGGCAGCCCCUGCUGCCUUUCCCUGGGUGGGGGGCACCCCAGAGCCCCCCCCCCAUGCCGUGCCCUGCACCCCAAAGCCGUGUGGGGUGAUGGGGGGCAGCCCUUGACCCCCCUUGGGGUCACCCUUAGCCAUGCCAGGGCUGUUCUGUGUGCCCUCUGGUCCCUGUCACCCUGCACCCUCUCCCUGGGUUUGGUGACACCCACCCGGCCCAGGGACCCCCAAAAAUCCCCGGGGGUCUCCCCCCAGGUCCCCUCCACCCUCUCCCUGGAUUUGGUGACACCCACCCGGCCCAGGGACCCCCCCAAGCCCUCCGGGGGUCCCCCCCAAGGUUCCCCCACACCUGCCACCUUCUCCCUGGGUUUGGUGAGACCCAGGGACCCCCCAAUGCCCCCCGGGGGUGUCCCCAAGGUGCCCCCACACCCGCCACCGCUUCGUGUGUGAGGACAAACCACGAAUAAACACA